AUAUUAUUUUCACUGGCUCAAAACUGUGGUUCGCACACAUUCACCAAAGGAAAGAGCCAACAUACAGACGCCUUUUUUUAUUCUCUCUCUCUCGUGUUGGCAGUGUGGUAACAAAAAAAUCAAUUUUCCUCAUGGCUUAGUACAACUUUUGAAAUUGUGUGUUAUUGAAGCAAGAGAGCCAGUAAAUGGCACCCGAACUACUGGAUUAUUAAGAUUAUGUUGUCGUUUUGGAAUAUACAUAUAUUUUUUUAAUUUAUCACUGGAAGGAUAAGGUCGGAUAGUUUUUCCUUUCUUUUAACAACGCAUCAAUAGUUUGAAUAGUUAUUUGGGGUGUAACAAGCAAAAUAAACAAAAAAAAGUCGACGUACUGUUCGAGUGUGAAAUGUGCCUGAACUUCAACAUAAUCGUAGACGUAUUUUCAUUAUCAACUGUAGAAGUAAAAUUUAAAAGAACGAAACAUUACUCAUAGUAGCAGAUCAACGUAAAAGUGUUUUUUUUUGUAUGCAUUCUGUUCGAAAAAGGUUAUCUCAAAUUCGAGUGAAUCUUCAAUCUCAAAAAAAAAAACUCAUCCCAUAAUCAAAUUGGAAAAAUAAUUCAGCGAAAUUAAUAAUGGAACGUUUACAUGAUCGUCAACCGAAUCCAAAUCAACGUUUAAAUGGUUUUCGUUUGUACGAUGAUCAUAUGAAUGACAAUGCAAUUGAUGACAAUGAUAACAGUAGUGACAGUGCCAGCGGUUAUUCUGGCGAUUCAGAUGAAGAGACAGCCGAGGUGUGGGUUUUUGGAUACGGUUCGUUGUGCUGGUAUCCAGGAUUUGAGUUUACAAAAUGCGUCACCGGCUAUAUACGUGGAUAUGUGAGGAGAUUUUGGCAAUGGAAUACAACGCAUCGUGGUACGAAAGAAAAACCAGGCCGUGUUGUAACAUUAAUUGAAGAAACGGAUGGCAUUACCUGGGGUUGUGCCUAUAAAAUAACCGGUUCAACAGCACUUAGCUAUUUAAAACAACGUGAAUGUACGCUCGGCGGCUACACAACAUUAUAUACAAAAUUCUAUCCUCGUGUUGCGGCCGACGAUAUGGAAUUGUGUGGUGAAGCAUUUCCAGCACUUUUAUACAUCGCCACCGAACAAAAUAGUCUUUGGACGGGCGACACACCAUUGCCAAUCAUAGCUGAAGAAAUUGUUGAUAGCAAAGGACCAUCGGGUUCAAAUGUCGAAUAUUUGAUACGAUUGGCAAAUUUUAUGCGGGAUGAAUUGAAUGGCGUUGUUGUGGUCGAUGAACAUUUAUUUGAAUUGGAAAAAAUUGUGCGAGACAUUUUGGCCGAGAGAAAAAUCUGCAUAUCGAUGUUGAUGGGACGACAACCAGAACGCAUUCGACGUGAUUCGCAUGAAGAAAUUCGACGACCAAUUACAUUUGAAUUUAGUUCACGUGUGCCAGACAAAAAGUUGCGCUGCCUCAACAUUUAAAAUCAAGUAAAAUCGAAACCUAAUUUAAAGAUCAAUUUUAUAUCGAAAAACGUAAAGAGAGAGAGAAAAAGAAAGAGCAAUAGAAAGUGUACAAUGUAUACCAUUGAAUUUAUUGAUCUUUUCUUCGUAACGAAUAUUUGAAAUACGUUUGUAAAAAAAAUCAAUUAACGUCAAAAACUAAACGCAACAAAACUGUAAGAUAUUCUAAUGAUAAGAGCCUAAAUAGCGAUUUAAACCAAUUUAAUUGUAUAAAUUGAAUAGUUGUGAUUCAACCGACCAUAGCUUUUCUACAAACCAGACGAACGUUAUAAACAUGAGAAAAUUCCUAUUAAUUGUAAAGAAAACACAAAGAUAUUAGUUUAAGAUGUAUGAAAAUGAACGCUAUUAUGUAUGAUUAUGGUUUUUUUUUGUCUGUUGUUUAGUGUGCUCGCGGAAUAAGCUUUUUUUCUAUUCAAAUGUUUAUGCUGAAUGAUUUUGACUGUAUUACUAUUAAUUUUUUUGAAACAAAAUCAAGUUACUUCUUAUUAAGAAUAUAUGUAUAUCGUUGUAUUUGAUUAAAGACCAUUUAAUAUUAACUCAAA